AUGAAUAAGAUUGUCUCAUCCGCGAAAGAGAAGCAAAAUGAAUCUGUUUUUUUGCGUGAAUGGAUCCUGUCAGACGUACUCGCAGUCAUGAAGGAGCAUGCUCCUCUCCCUAUAUGGCCUGCGGUUCCUAAUUUCGUACCGCCCCUGGCCAAGCUGCACGGCCAUGUGCCAUUUAAAUCAGAAAUUCUGCUAAACAGGCGUCAUUUCUUGAAGAUUACGAACUUUCACAGGGUCGAGAAGUUUGCGGUAUUCGCAUCGGGCAGAGAUAAUAACUGCCGCAUCCUUAGUUGA